AUGCGAAUUGGAGUUCUCAAAGGCAACGGAAUCGGGCCCGAGAUCACAGCGGCCACUAUCCGCGUCAUUGAAGCAACUGGCAUCCAGCCAGAAUGGGACUUCAUCCCUAUCGCAGAUGAGGCGGUUAGGCUGUAUGGACAUGCUUUGCCACCUCAAGUCAUUCAACGCAUAAAGGACGUGAAAUUUUGUAUCAAAGCUCCACUGCUAGCAGAAAAGCUUCAUGGCCGUAUCAGUUGUACGCAGACGGAUGGCUCCGUGGUGACAUAUCCCUCAAUCAAUAAUGCCAUCCGGCGGGAGUUGAACUUAUUCGUCAAUCCGCGACCGAUUAGAGGAUAUGUGGGUAUCUCUGGGCGUCAUGAGAAGAUGGAUAUGGUCAUCAUGCGCGAGAUCACUGAAGAUACCUAUAUCGGGUGGGAAAAACCACUCGAGGAUGGUGCAGCAGCCGAAGCGAUCAAACGGGUGACCCGGAGUGCGUCAUGGAAGGUGUCUCAAUAUGCAUUUGAAUAUGCACGGAAGCAUGGUCGAAAGAAGGUCUCAUGCUUGCACAAGGCAAAUGUCCUCCAUGAAACGGAUGGACUUUUCCUACGGACGUUUCAAGAAGUUGCUCGGCUUUACCCCGAUAUUGUGGGUGAUGAUAUGAUGAUCGAUGCCGCUUGUUAUUCUGUCGUUCGCGAUCCUUGUUGGUUUGAUGUUGUGGUCACUGUAAAUCAAUAUGGUGAUAUUUUCUCUGAUCUGGCUGCUGGGUUGGCAGGGUCACUUGGUCUGGCUCCUGGUGCGAAUAUAGGUGAUAGUGCUUCGACCUUUGAAGCUGCACAUGGGGCUGCACCCGAUAUUGCGGGAACAGGGGCAGCUAAUCCUAUUGCACUGAUUCUAUCAGGGGCAGAACUACUGGCUCAUGCUGGGUACGGGAAAGGAUCUGAGGCGAUACGGGAGGCAGUUACUCGAGUGAUUGAAGCUGGAAGGACCUUGACUCCAGAUCUAGGAGGACGCUCUACGACAGAGCAGGUAGCGGAUGCUAUUUCAGUGGAGGUCAGGGCAAUCCUUGGACAUUGA